CUUUCAGUCGCCAGCACACCAGAGAAUAUACCGAAGCGUGAGCGUGACGAUCCACCCACCGGUGGCAGUGGUACGGUUUGUGGCAGUGCAACCCCGAUUGGCUCAACAAGUGGCAGCGUAACGAGCGAGAGGCGCUCAAAAGCAGACAGUCCCACUGGCAGCAAUUCUGCCGGACUGAUAGGUAGCGCUACGAGUGCAUUCACGAGUGAGGAAAUAAGCAGCACAUCAACAACCACAGCAGCGCAUGCAACAAGUAGCACAGUUGAGAGUGUCACUAUCAAUGGUCAAAUUGGAAGGCACGGCUCUCUCACCAUCGUGAGACGUUCAAAUAGCCGCAAAAGCUUCAUACAACUUGACGCACAACAACAAAGUAUUCUCACAUCACCAUCAACUGCUGCAACAACACCUAUAGGUGGUCCUACGCAUCAACCACAACCACAACAACAACAACAACCAUUUGCCGGCAUAACCGCCGACUUAGCUGCUCAAUUGCUCUCCAGCAGCGACAAAAAGGGUCAACACCCGCUAAGCAAUUUUCCCGCAGCAUCAAACACUGACAAUCGCUCAAAAGAUACCAACAAAAGUAAUAACAGUAGCAGUAGCCGCAUUGAAGCUGAGUCCACCAUUCCUGCGAGUGUUGCACCAAGCUCAACAAGCACCGGGAUCGCGGUCCAACAACUGCGGCCCAAUUUGGCAGAAGUACGAGUGGGCCAAGCCAACAACGCCACUGCUGGCAACACGAACAGCAGUAAUACAACCGCCGCCGUUGCCGUCAACAUUAGCCACUCCGGCAACAACACAAGCAGUAGUGCUGUCAAUAGCAGCAAAAGCACCAGCAUCGUCAAGGCCAACAACAAAAUGCAAUCAUCACCACCGAAUUCACCGAAUGCCGCCGAUUUAAAUGAGGGUUUGCGCGAUAAUGGGGAAAGCGAACGCUCGUCGGAGGUAACCGUAGCAUCGGGCGUUUCGGACACUUCGGCAGGGUGUCUCGACUUGGCCACUGAAAAUUUACCAGCUGUCGAUACACCGGACGCAUGCGAUAAGGCGGCCGUGAGAUUGCGCUGCUUAUUGCAUUUAAUAAAUACCGGCGAAAUUUCAAAUGAUAUUUUGCAACGUAAUCUUCAUUACGCGGCUCGCGUACUCGAAGCCGUCUUCCUCGACGAGUCCAAUCAGCAGAAGCGCGACGCGGCCGAUUCGCAUCAGCGUUGCAGUGGUAAUUGUAAAAAUGAAAAUUGUAGUCAACGCAGUCACGAGCAGCAUCAGCCACAUAGUUGUGGCGGUGGUAGUGGUGGUGGUGGCGGCACAGAUAGUAGUAGUCACAGCAAUCAGGAUAAUAACAAUUUAUGCAACAGUUGUAGUUUACGCACUGAUAACCAACAGCAACAACAACAACAAAGCAAUGCGUCUGACAAUCAAACCAGUAUCGAUAGUCGCACCAAAGGAGUGACAUUGGCACCCCAAACGCAUAGUGGACCCACAGGUCCGCCGGACACUAUUUUAGAAGCAGAUUCGGAAGCCGAAGCUGCAGCUGCAGCGGAAGCGGAAGUAGUGAAGUCAAGCACACAGACAGAGCACGGCGAGUCAAGUGCUACCGAGGCAGAAAUGACGACGACUGCGACGACGGCGACGACGACGGGUGCAACUAAAGUGAACUCUGCGGAUAGUAAAAAUGAGAAUCAGUGUAGAGGCGGUGGCGGUGAUGGUCAGAGUGUCGGCAGCAGUAGUUGCAGUAGUAGUAAUAAAGCAACCAUGCAGAGGCAAAGGCGCUUGCGCACACCAGUCUGGGCGAGGUCCAUGUCGUCGACGAAUAAAACACGCCUCGCCGACGAAGAUGAUGAAUUGUCUGAGGUACAACCGGAUGCUGUGCCACCCGAGGUGCGUGAGUGGUUGGCCUCCACUUUUACGCGGCAAUCAGCGACCACACGCAGGCGAAACGAUGAGAAGCCGAAAUUUCGCACUGUUGCCCAUGCAAUACGCGCUGGUAUAUUUGUGGAUCGAAUAUACCGCAGCGUCUCACGUACGGCGCUCAUGCAAUUUCCGCCUGAAGUUGUCCAAAUACUCAAGAAUCUGGAUGACUGGUCUUUUGAUGUGUUUGCUCUGGCGGAGGCCGCUGGUGGUCAACCGAUCAAAUACCUCAGCUACGAUUUGCUCAACCGCUACGGCAUCAUACACAAAUUUAAGAUAGCCCCUGCCACAUUGGAAAUAUUUUUGAAUCGCGUUGAAGAGGGCUACUGCCGCUAUCGCAAUCCAUAUCACAACAACAUACAUGCGGCCGAUGUUACCCAGACGACGCACUAUGUACUCUGCCAGACGGGUCUCAUGAAUUGGCUGACUGAUUUGGAGAUAUUUGCCACGUUGCUUGCCGCUCUCAUACACGAUUUCGAACACACCGGCACCACCAACAACUUCCACGUAAUGUCCGGUUCGGAGAAGGCAUUGCUCUAUAAUGAUCGCGCCGUAUUGGAGAAUCAUCAUGUGAGCGCCGCUUUUCGUUUGCUCAAGGAAGACGAUUGCAAUAUAUUGAAUAAUUUGUCACGCGAAGAGUUUCGCGAAUUUCGUACACUCAUCAUUGACAUGGUGCUGGCCACCGAUAUGUCCUUCCAUUUUCAGCAACUUAAGAAUAUGCGCAAUCUGCUAACGCUCAACGAGGCUUCGGUGGAUAAGUCCAAGGCGAUGGCAUUGGUACUGCAUUGUUGUGAUAUUUCGCAUCCGGCAAAACGUUGGAAUCUACACCAUCGCUGGACGAUGCUGUUAUUUGAGGAAUUCUUUCGACAAGGUGAUCUAGAGCGUGAACUGGGUCUGCCGUUCAGUCCGAUGUGUGAUCGUAACAACAUACUUUUCCCAGAGUCACAGAUCGGUUUUAUUGACUUCAUUGUGGAUCCGAGCUUGUCGGUUAUGUCAGAUAUGCUGGAGUAUGUGUUGACUCCGUUGGCGCCCAUGUGCAAAACGACGAAUGCGAGCAUAGAUGCGGGCGAUGCGCCGGUAUGUGGCGCUGCAUGUAUACGCAAUAAAACUAGCGCAAGCGGCGCCGAUGAAAGUAGCACAUCGGCGAGUUCGCAACAGGAAGAUGGUAGCGGAAAGCCUUGUGGGGGAAAAGUGGCGCCAAAGUUUAGCAUACGAAAGCCAUGGCUGACUUGUCUCAAUGAUAAUAAGAAAAUCUGGAAAGAGCAGUCGCUUAAAGAGGAGGCCGCUCGCAAUGAAAAAGCUCAGAAAAAGGAUGGUGAAGAUGGCGAAGAGGAGUAAAUUCUGUGUGCGGUGCGGAACUGAGAACUUACAGCAGUUGAUUUAAAUAAGGGCAACACCAUAUUUUGGAACUGAAUAGAGACUUACAUGUGUAAUAUGUGGCGAGAAAUUUCAGAAUCGGCAAUUGCGGAAAAGGACUCCACGAAAUAUUUGUAAAUAUGUUCCACUGUGAACUGGAUAAAAGUGC